CAAUUAUAAUACUGUCUAUAUGCCUCCAUGAAACACAGCGCUCUGCCCCCUUCACUUGCGUCCGAGCGGCGGAUGGCAGCGUAGAAACAACGGAUGUAGCCUUGAUUAUAUUAUUGAUGUUCCCAGACAUCCGCAGCAGCCCGUGUAUCCUGAUUGUGGCCGAUUUGUGCAAGCGACGCAACUCCUGCUUAGAAUUCAAUUUUUUUCUUUUGUCUGCGCAUCUGGCAUCAACAUUUUUUUUAUUUAUUUUUUUUCAUGUGUGGUCAGGGAUUGGGACGUAAACACGCUGGCCUGCGCUCAUGAGAAGAGGCGAGGUGAGAUUGAUACCUCAGACUCAAGAUUGUCCUUGAUCGCAAGUUGAUUUUUUACUUCGGAGCAGGCGAACUGUUGGCUCCAAUGGCGUCAGUUUCGAAGGUGUCUAUUCUGGAUUACUUUAAUAUUGUGUUUGAGGGUGAAAAUGGCAAAAUCGAGUCCAACUGCAAGGCUUGUGGCACGAGAAUCCAGGCGAAGCGGAGUGUCACGUCCAACUUCGUAACGCAUCUCAAGCGUAAGCACCAGGCUAUGUAUGAUGACUUUGUGAAAAGGAAAGACAUGAAGAGAGAGGGUUACUCCUCUGGUUCCUUGCACAGUUUCACCACCACCAAUGGAGGGAAUACCCGCUAUACUCUCCCCAUCAGUACAGGAGCAGGAGGAGGAGGAGGUGGAGGAGGAGGAGGAGGAGGAGGUGUUGGAGGAAUGGGAACUCUGGAGGGAGGAGUAGGAGGAGGUUCUGGAGGAGGAGGGGUGACCAAGUUUGACAGACAUGACCCACGUCAGGUUCUGAUCUCUGAGGCGAUAGCUAAGAUGAUUGUGCAAGAUCUGCAGCCAGUUUCCAUAGUGGAAAAUCACGGCUUCAGAGAGCUGCUUCAGCUCCUGGAGCCGCGUUACACUCCAGAGCCCCAGCACUACAUCCAGAGCCAGCUCCUACCAGCCUAUGCCUACCAGGCCCAGCUGGCAACCCGUCAGGCCCUGGCCUCAGCGCACGCUCUCAGUCUCAGCUUGGAUCUCCGGAGGGGCUUAUCUGGAGCCACUUCAGGGUACCUCGGCGUCACCUGCCACUUUCUAACGUCUGACUGGCAGAUGCGUUCGGCUCUCCUGGCAUGCCUUCCCCUGAGUGGGGGCAGUUCUGGGAGUCGUGUUCUUUCAGAUUUUGAUGAAGUAUGUCACUCUCACGGCGUGUCAGGAAGAGCAUUUCGUGUUGUUGCAGACCCUUUCCUGGUCACAACCACAGUAAAGCCAUGUUGUCUUCCCGGUUUCCUGGUUUCACCACCUCUUGCUGACGAGCAAGAUGAUGACGACGAAGAAGAGGUGGAAAAUGGUAACGAUGCGGAGGAGGGCAUUAGGAAUGGCCACGGUGACAGAGGAGAGGAAGGAGCAUGGGAGGACUCGUGGGAGCAGGGUCUGGGUGUUUGUCGUGUGGACUGUUUCUCUCGCUCUCUUGAACAGUGUGUCAGGGAGGGGUUGCGCUCCCGUUCACAGCUCUCCUCUGCACUGACCAAGGCUGCCUGUUUCUACAACUACAUUACCUCUGCUGUCCCACCAGAGAAACUCAGCCAGGUGUUUGAUGUUCCAGGGCUGAUGAUGGGGGGACCAGGUAAUACCCCUCCUGCAGUAAGAGACUGGGCUGCUCAGCUUAAGGUUCUUCGACGGCUGCUGGACUCAGUGGAGUUCCUGGAGGAGAUGAGUGGUCCAGGGGAACUGGCACUGGGUGGUUCAGAGAGAGCCCUGCUGAGGGAGCUCACUGACACUUUGGAGCCCUUCACUGAGGCCUGGGACAUGGUGCAUGGAGACCGACAAGCAGACAUACACACAGACAGACAUGUGUCCAUCAGCCUGGCUCUGCCAUGUGUUCUGGGCCUUCGUAAACAUCUCUCUGAGACAUCCACCCCCCACUGCCCCUCUCUCCUGGUGGGACUCAGCCAGGCUGUAGAGCGUCGGCUGGCCCCGAUCCUGGAGGACCCCCUCUACAUCACUGCUACCACCCUGGACCCCCAGUUCAAGCUCACUUGGAGCAGCAACCCUGACUGGCACAGACAAGUUCUUAUAGAGGAGUUAUCCAAACAUUCCACAGCCUCCAGCCCCACAGACCCCAACACAGACCUACAUCCUCACUCCCAGACUCCCCCAGCGCCAGCUCCAUCUCCGGUCUCCUCACUCUCUCGGCCCUGCAAGCUGUUCUCUUUCAUCAAGCAGAGACCAAUGACACAGGCCAAGAGCUUAGAGCAGGAGUUGGCCAUCUACCUGCGAGAGGAACCCACAGACGAGGAGGCCUUGCAUUACUGGCGGCGUAAAGCAAUAGACUUUCCUCUACUUGCCCAGGUGGCCAAAAGGGCGUUGACCAUACCUGCUUGUGGCACUGUGGUGGAGAGCAUUUUCACUAGUGCUGGCCGCUAUCUCCGGCCAGAGAAUGGCCGCGUCUUACCAAAGAACCUGGAGACUCUCAUCUACCUCAAAGCCAACUACAGAUUAUUAUGGACUUAGAGCUAAGAGUGAAACAUUUCUUUGACCUUAGUAGCAAAUGGAGACUCUAAACCUGCAGUAAAGUUACUUCUUGGAUACUAAUGUCUAUUUCCUCUCUAAAGAAACUGAGCUAGCAACAUAACAUAGUCCUCAUAAUGCACAUCUGUUGAUAUGAGAUGGAAUUACCCAGAGUUCAGAGCCGAGGCCCCAUUCUUGAGAAGGGUUUUCUAGACUUCACUAGGUGUGGAUUGCUAUCUGUUUACCAUGUAGCCUGCAUACGGACUAUCAAAACACAUGUUCUGGACCAAGGAGACUAGAAGCAGAUCAAUACUAAAGCCUUUACUUAGACUUUAUUUUGCCAAAUCAGCAUCAUCAGACAAACACAAGACCACAAAGCCCCCACUCUCUAUCCUCCCAACCCCAAAGACAGCCUGUGUCUGUACUCUACCAGCCAACAAUUAACCCACUGACAAAUGAAGCGGCCAAUCAUCGCAUACUAUAGCAUAUGGUUUAUUUUCACUGAUAUAUAAUGACCCUACAGGUUGUGAUUGAUUCGUUUGACAUAGUUUUUUAAAUGAUUGAGAAAUGGAAGGCAUCGGCUGCUAAACAAUAUGACAGUGCAUCAUCCACUUCUUCUUUUCUCUCUCUGUAUUUAUGCCUCAUCACUGAGACAUCAUAAUAAAUGAGUUUCACUUCCUACUGCAGAGGUGUGUGCAGUUUGCAGGCAUGAGUGCACUCAUGCAUGUGUGUACGUUACAUACCUUUUUUGCUAUUGGAAAAAAGAUAAAAUCUGCUUCAGAUCUCUCUCUUUUUUUUUUAAUUCAUUUAUAUUUUCCGCUGUCAGUCCUCUAUAACUCCACAUGUGCUCUGUCAGAGUGGAGGUCAAUUCCAUUUCAUUUUUUAUUAUCAGCACUUUUAUCUUUUUUCAAUUUCAUGUCCGUUUCUGCCUCUGAACUUUGAGGAAUUGAAAUGGGUUUGACCCUACUUCUGCCCCAGAAAACUAGCAGAGGAUGUGUGCAUGUGGCACAACAGAAGAUUCUGCUUUGUCUGACCUCCCUGAAAUAUUUUAGAACCACUUUACAGGGCAUCGCUUUGAAGGAGAAACUGUGAAUGUUGCAGUGUGUGUUUGCCUUUAUUCAGGGACUCUGUAACUGUGAGUCUGGGCUGGUGGGGAGGCAGGGUAAUUGCAAGUAAUUCCAUUACAGUUAAAUUUGAGUCAGCAGGCAGGCAGCAGUCACAUCCUACAUGGUUCUUUAUCUCACAGCCAACUAGACUCACAAAACCUUGUUGCUGAAGGACUUAGAUAACAGAAAAAUAUAUGCAGCUACUGUACUUCUUGUUCUCCAAAGUUACAAACUGCCUGAAUGCACUGAUAAAUGUUUUGUGAUUAAUAAUGAACUAGAAUAAUGAGUAGAAAACAACAUCAAUCAAUUUGGAGAUGACUGGAUAGAUCUGAUUACAAGGACUGUCACAAGGAUUACAUCUCCUUUUCACCAUCUGCAGCACAGCUUCCAUCCAAGUGUAACUGUUUUUGUUGUUGUUGAAAAUCGCUUCAGAAGAAGUGCCUCAAUCUGCGUGAGAUACAAUGAGAUUUCCCUCAUAGAUCAUAAUUAUCAAAGACUGCUGUGAUCUCAAUGAUUAUCACCCCAGGAUGUCUCUAUGGAUUUAGAUGUGUUGCCAGAUAUCCGUGUGGAUGUGUCAGUGUGUUUAUCUUUGAAAAGUGUGUUUGCCGCUCAUCCCACGGGUGUGUUG